AAAAAAAGAGGAUAUCCCCUGGAUUUAAAAAAAGCAACGAUUUAUCGAGGUUAACUGCAGAUUAAACAUUCCUUGGUCGACCAUCGGUGAAGAACGGGCGACAAAGCGACCGAACACUGACUCACCAGACUCCUGUCCUGUUGCACUGCACAUUUGAGUGCACACUCUGUCCCCGCUUAGCUGUCGAGCUGCUGUAUCUCUGCUGGCAUGUCGGCAUCUGCUGGGAUUCAAUUUGUUGGACCGGGGGGCAUAUGAGACUGUAGUGGAUCUGGUGCUUUUUUGGUGCCUGACUCGAGAAAAAAAAGGGGAUGUCUGAGGAGGCUGUCCGCCAGACUCGCAGCCAGAAGAGGGCGCUGGAGAAGGAUGCUGCUCCCCAGUCGAUAGAACCCUCUGAAGUUGACAAUGAAAGCAAAAAACCUAAAUUGGACCAGACUGAACCCACAACAGGGGAACAAACUGAACCUGAACCCAACCCUGUUCCGGCACAGGAAGAUGAGAGCCGAACUCUGGUUGGGUCAGAGCAAGAGAAAGAGCAGAGCCGGUCGCCGUUACCUUUAGCGCCAUCCUUGGCCUCUCAGCCUCUAAAGGAGGAUCAGGAGCGGACCCAGAAACAACAGACAUCGGUUGAACCCGGCUCAGACAAUCGGACUGACUGCAAUGACAAAGCCAGCAAAGUGAGGACAGAGCCGGCCGUGGAUACGAAGAGCCAGGUUCAACUGGCGUCCAGUGACAUGCUGGCUGCAGGCGAGGUGAAGGCCACCAUUAAAGUGGAAGUUCAGACAGGAGAGCAGCCCGUGGACAUGAGCACCUCCAGAGGCAGUAUAAAAAGGGAGAAGCGACCUCCGUCCCCUGAAGAUGACGACGUCAUCAUCUUGUCAGAUAAUGACUCCCCCAGUCCACCGAUGAAUGGAUUGAGCCAUUUCAAGGAGCUCGACACUGACCUGCUCAUGAAGAGCAGCCCCGAGGAGAGGGAGCGCAUCAUUAAGCAGCUGAAGGAGGAGCUGAGACUGGAAGAGGCCAAGCUGGUGCUGCUGAAGAAACUUCGACAGAGCCAGAUACAGAAAGACACUCUGCAGAAGCCUUCGGGUCUGUCCGGCUCCUCUGCUCCUCCUCCUCUUAUUCGAGGAACAAUUACAAGCAAUAAAGGCUCUCAGCAGAUUUUGACAGGCAGGAGUUCAGGCACGGUCAUCCCUCCGCCGCUGGUGAGAGGAGGGCAGCAGGCGUCCUCCAAACAUGGCUCCCACAUCAUAAUGCCGCCUCUGGUCAGAGGGGCGCAGCCCAUCUCUGUAUCUCCACAGCAGAUCCAGGCUCUCCGCCAACAGCAGCAGCAGCAGUUGGCUGCCUCUGGAGGCUCAGGCUCAGGACCCCCUCCACUGCUGCUGGGCCCAAGGACCUCAGUUCCCACAUCCCACGGCCAGAGGACGGUCCACUCUGGCCUCAUCCGAAUCGGCAGUAGCAUUAACACGCUGGCUUCAACAUCCAGUAUGAAGAGCUCUUCCUCAGGAAGCGGCGGUGUGUCCGUGGUUAGCAUGAAUGACUCUCCAGCCAGCCGCCAAGCUGCUGCUAAACUCGCCCUGCGGAAACAAUUGGAGAAGACCCUGCUGGAGAUUCCCCCACCCAAGCCCCCUGCCCCAGAGUUCAACUUCCUGCCCUCUGCAGCCAAUAAUGAGUUCAUCUACCUGGUGGGACUGGAAGAAGUGGUGCAGAAUCUGCUUGAUACCUUCCACAGAGGAAAGACAGGUGCAGCACUGUCCAAGACCAUUAACAAAGACCCCUUCACCUGCACCCAGUGCAAAACCGACUUCACCUGCCGCUGGAGGCAGGACAAGGCGAGAGGCGGGGCAGUCCUCUGUGAACACUGCAUGUCAUCCAAUCAGAAAAAGGUUUUGAAAGCCGAGCAUACCAAUAGGCUGAAAGCCGCGUUUGUCAAAGCACUGCAACAAGAGCAGGAAAUAGAGCAGCGCAUUUUCCAGCAGACGUCUUCAACAAUCUCCCACAGUAGCUCCUCGUCCUCUUCGUCGAUGAAAGCAGAGCAGCUGGUGUCUCAGCAGCUGAAGCAGGCACACGCCAGAGCAUCCUCCCUCCAUCACAUCCACCAGGCCAAUCGAGGAAACAUGCUUCACCAUCACUCCAGCAAGCAGGGCUCCCAGGGCCAGCUGUCCCAUGGUGUCUCUUCAUUGGGGGUGAGGGGCGUCCCCCACUCCUUCUCCUCCUCCUCCCAGCUGCAGAGUGCAGUGGCGGCUGCAGCUUUGGUCAGCCGGCCAGGUAAGAAUGCCCACGUUUCCCACCGCUCUGUCCAGAGUUCAAAGGUGAGCAGCAGUGGAAUCGCCGGCGGCAGGAAUAUCAGCGGAGGUAGUGCCUCAUCCACUGCAUGGAAGAAGCAGAGCAACAACAAUACAGGAGUCACCAUGGCCUAUGUGAACCCCAGCCUGACUGGACACAAGACGUCAGCCACCGUCGACGCACGUCAGAGGGAGUACCUGCUGGACAUGAUCCCCUCUCGCUCGUCGAUCUCGCAGACUGCAAACACGUGGAAAUAAUUUAAACAGUACUGUAGUACUACUUAGGUUUUGUCCAAGUUCCUCAGCUCCAAUAAUAUGGUCAACAGCACCCCCCGGAGGACUGUUCAGCAAAUACAAUCUCUCAAAGUGAAGAAACGUUCCUUCUGUACCUUUUGUAUGAUUGUGUUUUAGUUUUCUUAUGUUCUGUUGUUUAUGUUGAGAUUUGUUGUUAUUUGAUAAUUGUGCAGAAACAAUGUUGAUUUGAUUGGGGCAAAGAAAAAACUAAUACUUGAAGGGCUUCCCCCUGGGUACUUCUGUCCUCCAGACUGGGUGGUUAAAUGAUAGUGUUUUAAAAGUGUAUGUGUGCAUCAAGUACUUAGAUAAGAAUAAGUGCUCUGAUCUGGGCUAAAAAGCCCCUUUUGCCAUGAUUUGGGUAAAACUGACCCAACCUUUUAACACUUGAAUGGUUUUAGUCAUACCCAAGAGUUCACAUUCAACAAAAUAUACAUUUAUUUUAAGCAAAAACGAAAUAACUGAGUUGUAAAAUGUUCAGUACACAACCCCUGUAAUACCAGGUUUGACUUAAUUUUGUAUUUACAGUAAGUUAUUUUGGAUUUUUUUUUUUGCAUUAUAUUUCAGUAUAUUGUGGUUUCCACAAAUAAAAAGUUUCUUCUAGUUUUAUUUCCCCAUUUACCAGCAUGCCUACCCGUAACCCCUCUGUUCAUUUUGCACCUUAGCUGAAGAAGCAUGGUGUCGUUACUUAAUUCAUCUGUAAUUACCAUCAAUUUGCUUAUUUUAUAUUAAUGUCAACAUUGUAAUUAUUUUCGAGUGUUUUGUCAUUGCUGAGAAAAUGCAAAUUCUGAAGGAGCUGAGUUUGCCACACUGGAGCCGGAGAUCUUGCCUCAGAUUAUUUCAACUAUAAUCCAUACAAUAUGAGGCGUACAUGUAGCCCUGAAUCAGUUCUUAAAGGGACUGUCUCCCAGCUACCAAGAGCCUGGAAUACACAAGAUAUAUUUAUCUUGUACCCCUCACCAUAUUGCAUCAAUUCUCUACUUCCCAAUUUUAACUGCAUUGUACAAACUUGUGUUAAAAGUUAUUUGGUUUACUUUUUUUCCUAGCUCCUAAAGAAAUAAUAAAAAAUAUACAUUUUAAA